GUGAGUUCUCACAAAAAAGAGGAGUUGUCGCGGCUGGAAAUCCUCCAUCUCGUUGAUGUUCUCCACUACAUUCAUUAUUUGAAUGUGGCAACGCUCUGUUGAUAAGCAUAUAACACUCCACAUGCUCCUCAAUUGUUGCCCCUGUUUUAGACAACAUCUUCCGACAUGACAUACCUCCCUUGUCCUCGCCGCCGACACCUUCGAAACAAUAGUCUCGAGUCGACCCCGAUCAAGGCCAGCGAAUCCCUGCAUUCCUUCCAUCCCGCCCCUAGCACCUUCACUACUGAGCACCGACUUCUCUAGAAGGGUUCGAGGUCACCCCGACUGAUGUACGUAUGCGCAACGUCUUCCCCUCGUCGACAUUCUUCGAGCAGCGAACGCACAGAAAUCCUUGACUCUGCCUUCUUCCCUUCAACAAGUUCAACCUCGACGCUGCUCCGGACUAUCAACCACCCAGUACGUUCUUGUAAUCGCUUCCCUCGAGGUAUGAUUACUCUUCCAGUGUCCACCGCGACAACUCUUGAAGGUCCUGCUGCUCCGACUUGCCUCCCCCUCGUCCCCUCCCUCGACUGCGUUUCGUCUAUAUUGGCAACACCAUUAACUCCCCCUUCUUUUGGCGAUUCCCCCGCCUCGGUGAUUUGUGUGGGAUGACGGUGAAUUGCUGCGCUCCUUGCAAUGGUCCAUCCUCUCUACGAUACCGUCUGAUAGUAUUCACGUGUCAAGAUGUUACAGCAACGGUUCCUGGCAUGGAGUGCCUCCCCGUCUUCAUGAGCGACAGCUCCGACACGGUGUCCCGCCCUUUAAAAGCAAUUGAGGCAAUUUAAUCGUUUGAGGGCAUGCCGCCAUUUACAGACGUAUACAACGUCUUUACCGCUCGUCGCCAUCACACUGACAUCAGCCCAUGACACCAUGCCCACCUUCCUUCACCAAGUCAACGACCCAAAGCGUGGACUACGUGUUCUCGCGCCCCGACACAACUCGCGACCUCCCUCACCGCCUCACAGCAUGUCAAGUAAAUGACGGGUUCAACAACUCAUCGUGACGCUCCCUUCCAUAUCCAUGAUUGAUCGUACACGGCCCAUCACCUCAGUUGCCAUCGCUGGGUAUUGUCUCACCUAUAUGGUUGGCCUCGGCGACUUCCUCCUCUGCUCUUCUUCAAUCUCGUUGACGUCCUCCACCUUGGGCCGUCCACCGCCACGUUGAUCAUUUGAAUGCGUUAACGAUCAAACGAUAAGAUAGUUCGACUUUUCCGGACAUGAAAUGCGUCCCCGCCGUCAUCACCUACACCUGGGGAACUACAUUCUCGAGUCGGAUGCAAUCAAGGUCUACCGAACGAUCCGGGGAUUACUCUGCCUCUAUGCACGACUCUUCCAACAAGGGUUCCCCCACGAUGAGAUGGAACCCUCGGUGAUCCUUUUUUGGCACACGGUGCACGUCCCGGUCUUCCGCAGCGACACUUCCGACACUGCAUUCUUGAUUCGCAUGACAUUGAGCAUUACCGGAUGCGUUCUUUCCUUUUCUUUCCUCCUUGGUGCCCUCUCUGAUCAGCUUCCAUUGGGAUCAUUUCCCCUCUGCGUUAUAAGCAACACUUUCACCGCUCGUCCGCAUCAUUUUGGAACCAGCUAACAGAAGUACACUAUCUGGAACUGUCCUCGCCGUGGACUACUGUCGCCUCGUCCCUUCACGUCCCAACCCCACAAAUCGCGACCUCCGUAGUUGCCAACCAUAUAGUACGUUCAAAUUAUCAGUCAAUUUCCUACCUCUGUCUAGUUACGAUCAGUCUCGUCUGCCACCCCCGAUAACUCCCACACCCCACCCUCGGAUCUCAUCCUGCCCCAGCUUUCCGCACUCGCCAUCGUCCAAUCCGGCUCGCUGUUUUGCUGACUCCAAUGAUUGCACCCUCUGAGUUAUGACUCGGUUCUGUCUUGGACCGUGUCCAUGCCUUCCUCAGCGACACGGCCGACACGACCUGCGCGAUUCGAGAGCGAUUGCGGUCAAAAGUUGAGUCUCUUCCUUCCUCUUCCUCUACUUGCCAGUAUCACUACGUGAGAAACAUCCGAAGCCCAUCGUACG